GGUUUAUAAAAGGAAGGCAUAUCCCCCAAAGUCCCCUCGCACUGCAAUCCAUCCGACUUGAAAACGAAGCAACGAGAGCUGCGUCACUUUCCAUCCCACGUUUUAAUUAAGGAAGCCCUUCUCGCAUAAUAUCCACCGACAACAUUUGUUGACAACAACCCCGCACCGAAGACUAGGCAAAAAAAAAAAAAAAAACAAUGCCGCACUCCCACGAAGAAACUCACGGCCACCCAGUGCACCAUUAUCACCGCGAACGCACUACAAUAAGAGAAACGGAGGAUGAUUACAUAUGUGACGAGGAUGGUUGUCGACCCCUCCCUGAACAAGAGCACCGUCCUCCAGGCAUUGUCGCAAAACUAAAGCACUUUUUCUUGGGGCCGAGUGCCUCCAAUGAAGCGCAGGAGGAUAACGUAAAGAUUGUUCACGUGCAUCAUUACGACAAGAAUCCCCAUGGCCACAGAUAUGCCGCUUCUGAAUGGGCCGACGAAGCCAAAGAUACAGUACGCGAGAUUGGAGACAGUGCGAGACGUAAAGCGUAUCAAGUCAAAAACAACCUGGUUGGGGAGGCGGAACGGUUGAAGGAAGAAGGUGAAGAAGCUGCCGAAGUCGUGCAGGAAAAGGCUGGCGGUGUUCUGAACCGUCUGUGGUCCGGUAUCGAGCAGACAAAAGAGAAGCUUGAAAAUGCUCUUCAUGGCGCCGAAAAACGAGUUGAGGACGCGGAAGAGUCCGCGGAAGAACGCUACAACUAUCUCAGAUCCAAAGCCGGAAAACGCUACCGGGUAAAUAAAGACAAAGCCGCCGAUAUCACGGUGAAGAAAUUGGAAGAUGUCAAAGAGAAACUGGAGAACGUUAAAGAUAAAAUUUACGAGCAGUAUGAACACGGGAGGGAGUCCUUUGAGAACCAAUACGACCAUGUCAAGGAUACCGCUACAAAUGAAUAUGAGAAGGCCCGGCAGCGUGUUCACGGAAAUCUCGGGAAUGUCCGUAACCGAAUCCACGAUGGCGUCGAAACGGUUGAAGAGACGGCGGAGCAAAUCGCCUCACGCGCCAGAAACACUGUCGAAAAAGCCAGCGACUCUGUACGACAAGCUGCUGAAGCUGGCAGAGAAACGCUGCACAAUGCUGCAGACAGCGUGAAAAACAGCGUUGAGGAAACCGCGCAACGCAUAAAAGAGAGCGUCAACAAUGCAAAGGAGAAUGUCCGGGACAAGGCAGAGCGUGUUAAGGAAGGUAUCAGCGAUAGCUUUGAAGGCGUGAAGGAUGAUGUCAAAGAAGGAAUCUCGUCGGUGAAGGAAGGAUUCAAGGGAGCAUUACACAAGGCGGAACAGGCCGCAGAAUGCCUGGGAUGUGUUGGACCCAGAAAACGUCCAGGAUAUGAAUCCUACGGUGCAAGAUCAUUGGAUGGACGAUGGUCAUACCCGCAGCUUGGCCCCAAUCCCGUUCCUGUCACCGCGUUCUACUCGGCCUUGUCAACUCUUUGGUUCUUGUGGCUUGCUAGGCGUGUUUGGAUGGCCCGCAACCGUGCCAAAGUUUUUGUUGGAGAUGGUAGUGCGGAACUUUCCCGCGAGCUUUCUCGCGAUGUUGUCGUAUCUCGCACAACGGUCUCUGAAGGACGCGCAGAAAAGACUACUGCCGUCCUCCACACCGAGAACAGCCCUGCACUCAAAAAAUAUCUUACCGUCAUGAGAGCCAACGAUGCCAGGACUGCGUUCUCAACCAACGUUCCGCUCUACUUGAUUUUACUGUGUGCUUUGGAACUUGCUGGCGCGUAUCGCCCUCUUUUACACAUUCUAUCCUUGGCUUUCCUCGCUGGCAACAUUGUGCAGACAGAAUACGGAAUCUUCUCGCCAGACGCGAUUGGCCGAGGCAGACCCAUCGGGCUCGCCACGAACUGGGCAGUCAUGUUAUUUGGGUCUGCUAUGGCAGUGUACCUUGCCUUAAGUUGUAACGGGUGUCCAGCAGUGUAGCUUCAUGCAAAGUGCGUUAAGUAGCGGAAUGUUCCCUUCGGGGGUUCAACCUGUACAUAUUGUGGAAUGAGGGUGGGAAACUGACCACUGAUGUAAACAGAGACAUGGGGUAUGAAGUCUGGGGUGCAUUAUAUUCACGACAGAUAUCGUGGGAUAAUAAAACAGUUUUUGAUUCCGCUAGAAUAUACGGACGGUAUUCCAUGCUGUUUGCGAUGGCCUGUGAUACGUUCUAAUCGCACCAUGCAAUAAUACCGUGCCAAUUAUACCGAACACGAAUUGAGUAUUCACGCAAAUUGUACUACAUCAACAAUAUACACAAAAUGAAACUAUCAAACAUCAAAUGCAUCCUGAGAUAUUG